AUGGCGAAUGCUGGAUCAGCUGCCUUCAAUCCGAACGAUUCACAUUACAAAGCUUGUUGCUGUCAUGCGAAGACGUUCACAAUUGUUGUUGGGAUUUUGGAAAUUUUUGCCAUUUGCUUCGUACUUGUUGCCGAAGACCCACAUAGAAAUCCAAUAGGGGGAAAAUCCGAAAUUUCGAAAAUAAGGCUGCAAUCGCUAUCAAUUGAUCAUCAAAAGCUUCAAAAACGUUUGUUGGUUCCUUUAGAGCAUCAUGAAACGGAAUAUGAACCUCUUCAACAAUCAUUUGAAUUCCACAUUCGCAAUAAGAUUCAUUUGUAUUGGAAUUUCGGGAAAAACCUCUCCGGUAUACCCUAG